AUGCCGGAGCGUUCACCACUGGGCCAUGGGCCUACUUCCAACAGAGCUGAGCUCCGUGCGGCUAUUGGCGCACUUACUAUCCGCUUCUUGCCCGGCGAGGGAUUCUGCCGCCUAGUCAUCACGACCGAUUCAGACUAUGUCUUCAAAGGUGCGACCGAACGGGUAGAAAAGCGGAAACCAACUGGUGGACCACAUCAUCUAGAGAUGCCAUCAAAAAUCAGGAUCUUUGGACCAUACUUCUUGACAAACCAGAAGAUUGGGAACGGCGCGGACUUUUCGUCCAGUUUCUCCAUAUUCCAGGUGCUCGUCGUUACUGCGAGAUAA